CCGUUCUAAUUUUCAGGUGUAAUAGUCUUGUUUUGCGGCAACAUUCGUCUGUUGUCUGUGCUGCGACAAAAAUGAAGAGAUGAUCGCGAUGAAAGUAGGGUGGACGACAAUUUGAUUUAUUUGUAAAUUGCUACUACAGCCAUGAACCGGGGGCCCCGCGUGGAGCCCACUCCGCCCGAGUGCGCUCUCGCGGCGGAGAUGUUCGACCACUUUUGUUCGGCGGGCACUAUGAAACAGAUACUGGCCCUGCAUAGGGAGAUAUGCAACACGCUCAAUUUGAAGCCGAAUAGACUGCCGGAUUUUUAUCCUAAGUUAAAGGCCAAACUAGCCGCGUCAUGGAAAGCUCAAGCACUGUUCAAGAAGUUCGACGCACGCGCAAACCACAAGGUGUACAACAAGGGCAAGAUGUGUCCCCAGACCAAGGUGUUGAUAAUUGGUGCUGGGCCGUGCGGCUUGAGGGCCGCUAUCGAGUGCCAACUGCUGGGGGCUAAAGUGGUGGUUGUAGAGAAACGCGACAGGAUAUCAAGGAACAAUGUCCUACAUUUGUGGCCGUUCGUCAUACACGAUUUGCGAGCGCUGGGAGCCAAGAAGUUCUUUGGAAAGUUUUGUGCUGGCUCCAUAGACCAUAUCAGCAUCAGACAGCUGCAGUGUAUAUUGAUGAAGGUCUCCUUGCUCCUCGGAGUGGAAAUUCACGAAGGUGUCGGGUUUGAAGAGCUCUUGGAACCAGCUGUGUCUGCCAACUCGGAAAUUCUAGGCUGGCGCGCUCGUGUGAUGCCCCACGAGCACCCCGUAUCGCAGUACGAGUUUGACGUACUCAUCGGAGCGGAUGGGAAAAGAAACACCCUGCAGGGGUUUAAGCGCAAGGAGUUUAGGGGAAAACUUGCUAUGGCCAUCACUGCCAAUUUUAUAAAUCGACAUACGGAGCAGGAGGCUGCGGUGCCCGAGAUCAGCGGAGUCGCUUUUAUAUUUAACCAAAAAUUCUUCAAAGACCUGAACAAAAUGACUGGCAUAGAUUUAGAGAAUAUUGUGUAUUACAAGGAUGAUACGCAUUAUUUCGUUAUGACUGCGAAGAAGCACAGUUUGUUGGACAAAGGAGUGCUGUUGAAUGACUAUCCCGAAGUGUCUCGUCUGCUGAGCGUCGAGAACGUGAACCGCGCCGCGCUGAUGCGUUACGCGCAGGAAGCCGCCCGCUUCUCCACCGACGGCCGGCUGCCGCUGCGCGACUUCGCGCUCAACCACUACGGCGAGCCGGACGUGGCGCUGUUCGACUUCACCUCCAUGUACGCGGCCGAGAACGCCAGCAUUGUAUACGAGCGUCUAGGUCGGCGUCUCCUCUGCCAACUAGUUGGAGACAGUCUACUGGAGCCAUUCUGGCCAACGGGGUCAGGGUGUGCUAGGGGCUUCCUAUCGGCCCUGGACUCUGCGUGGGCGGUGAGGGCCUGGGGGCAAACACCUCACCCUCAUCCGUUGCAAGUUAUCGCUGAGAGGGAAAGCAUUUAUCGGCUAUUGGCUCAAACAACACCUGAGAACUUGCACCGUGAUUUCGGCGCGUACACACUAGAUCCAGGCACUAGGUAUCCCAACCUCAACAGAACAGCUGUCACUCCGCACAGAGUUACAUCCUUCUAUGACUCGGACGACCCCCUGCCUUUGGAUACUGCUACGCUGCCUAAGAAACGGCGUAGAGACCCAGAGGUGUCCGAAGAGGCUCUCAUCGCGUGGGUGGGGUACCAGGAGCCGGGUAUACGAGCGGCGGCUUCACCGGCCGCAUUGUAUGAACUUGUGAAGCGCUACAGGCCGGACCUGUUGGCCGACUUGUUGGUCGACCAGUUGAGCGAUGACGCCGAAUGGCCGAUAUACCACGUGCUACAGCAGGAGUUUGGUAUCCCACCGUUUUCGGCAAACCAGCAGAUACGAGAUGUGCCGGAAGCAAAGCUACGCUCGUAUUUGACGCGUGUUUACUACGCGUUUAAGGGCGAAGUGCCGCACAUUCACCAUGAGUCUAAUAUGUUCGAUCAGAUAAAACAAAGCCAACAGAAGGAUAAAAGCAUACGAAACACAGCUGAGCAGUCGAUAUCUGCUUAUUCGUAUGCCGCUGACACGGACAAAUCGCACUCGACAAAAAGGAAACGACGCACCGUGCGCUCGCCCCAAGUAAGUAACGAUCCGGCUGAGUAUAUUAGGAAACAGAUUGGGAAGUUAGACCUUAACGAUAUCACACAAUUAGCUCGACUAAUCGAAGGCCACGACGCCAUUUCGGAUAUGGAACAUAACGUAGACAAACAAAAAGAACUGCAAGAUCAAAUAUUGGCCCUGCUGGACCCAGACGACUCUCCAGACCCCACUCUGGUUAGGGAAUCGUUAUCUGAAUUGCUUCAAGGCAGUUCUAAAAUAAGAGUCAAGGAAACGCCAAAGGUAACUCACGUUGAACGAUACUUCAUAAAUGAACAAUCUUCGGCAAAAAAACCAACACGCAAACUCAAAGGACUCGAUCCCAGCACUAUCAGGGUGCCAGACUUUUCGUCCGUGUUCCAAAACGAAUCCCCUGACACAGAUGAUACGUUGAUUGCCAGUAAGGCUUCACCUAAAAGAGAUGCGAUUAAGCAUGAAAAGAUGCUUACUCGAUCUCGUUCCGCGGAAUCACCAGAGAUGGAACCAAGGAGAUUGUCCGAGAUCAUGACGCGCCGUAAAAAUUCAGACUCGAUGUUGCAGUGCGGUCGAUCUAACUCUAUAGGAUCAACUGAAACGGGAUAUAACAUAAAGGAAAUUACAAAUUUAUUCGAGGGACGCAAAAAGAGACAAGCAUCCAGCCCACUCACUCGUCACGUGCGCUCUGAAGCUAAAGAAACACCAGAAAGAGUUUUACGCUGGCAACAAAUGGCUGACAUUAUCGAAGGGAAGAGACAAGAUACACAAACUUACGACGCUUCCAAACGGGUCGAAUCUAUCGGGAAUCCGGAAAUGGCGUUGCGUAGACAGAAGGUUGCAGAACUAAUUGUAGGUAACAAACCUCGCCAAGUCCCCGAGUCUGUGACGUCACAGCGGCGAAACUCGGGUGAAUUAGCCUUCAGAAUGCAGCGAGUAUCGGACAUGAUGGAGAAGAAGAAGGAAGAAGCGAAGCGACAUAAGGGCGGAGGUAAAAGGAAAGCGGCGCGAGAGAUAAUGAAGCAACGAUUCGAGAAAAGUCUUCAAAUGUUAGCAGUGGAACCGCGUUUGAACUUUACGCCGUCCACAGACUUGGAGAAUGAUUACGGUCUACAGCAAUAUAGGGCGAGUGCGCCGCAAUUCGACGAACGUGUUAAAAAACUCGAGAAGCAACUGCAGCACUAUGAGGAAGGCAAGUUGGUCGGCGGAAAGUCUAGGAUGAUAGGUGGCGGCGUAAGGGUUGCUAAACUGGCUGCAGAAUUGUCCAGUACGAGCAACAUAGCAACUACCCCAUUACCCAAGGCUUCGAAACCAAAAGACCUCAUGAGAUCUGUCGGCAAGAUCAAUAGAGAGGACUGGAACGUGAAGGAAAUUGAAAGAAAGAUAACUGAAAAUAGAUUGGGCAGGCCCGAACCGAAAACCGCGGAGAAGGUGCCGAAGUGGGAUAGGGAACAGUUUUUAGGCAGACAAAGAAAGCUCAAAGAGGGAGAUUCAAACGAUGAGAAGUGGGGAGAAAUCGAUGAAACUAUUCAUAAAAUCGACCUACAAUUGAAUGACUCUGGGAGACCCAUGCCUGGGACGAAAAAAGUGGCUAAUUUAGCAACAAAAUUUGUUAAAAAGGCCGACCCUACUCCUACUAAAUCGCAGUUGGCAAAAAAGGAAGUAAGUCUGAAGGAGAAGAAGGUGUGGCGCGGGCCGACGUCGGCGGGCAAGCAGUGCACCGCGUGCGGGACGCGCGUGUUCGCCGCGGAGGGCGUGACGGCGGACGGCCUGCACCUGCACCGCGCGUGCUUCCGCUGCGCCGUCUGCAAGGCGGUGCUGCGCCCCGGGAGUUACACUAUGGAACGCUACGGGACACGUCUAGUGUGCCUCCGUCACUCCGGAGUGGAUGUGCCUGAAGCGGGUACCGCUGGGGCCGCUAGAAACGAGUAUAAAUACGCGGCUUCCACGCCGGAGAGAAUCAGCAUAGAGCUGUCCGAUGGCGCGAGAGAGAUCGACGAGGACGAGUGGACGGACAGGAAUUUCCUAGCUUCGGAAACUUCUGGAGCGGGUGGAUUGAGUGACGACGACGAUUCAAGCACGGACGAGUACGUGGACGUAGAGAGUGAAGCUGAGGCAGAGCGUUCCGGCGAGCAGGCGGUGGCACCACCUCCCGCGCACUCUAACAUUUACUUCUCCGAUGAUUCCUUCGGAUAUGACGAUUAUUCGGAUGAUGGCGCCGAGUCGUCCGGCGGGGAGUCGUGUUCGCGCAUGCGCGAGGCGCGUGAGGCCCGCCGCCGCGAGGUGCCCGCGCAUGCGCCGCCGCCGUCCGACAGCAGCGAGAUCGAGUCUGAUGAGGAGAGUGAGUCGAGUGAUGAGGAAGUGUCGUCAGCAACUGAAGUGUCCACUGAUAGUGAAUUUGCUCGCGAGGAAAGUGCACCCGUGCCUUCGCCCCCCGCUAUACUGGUUACGGAGGCACCGCCUCCGGCCCCGCCCCCUCCUCAAGACUAUCCCCUAAGCAGAACCAAGUCAGCUGGUGGCCUAGCUACCAAACGAGCACUAGAGCUUAAAAGGAAGUACCUACUCGGUGAACCCUCGCCCCCAGCAGUCAGAAAGUCAGACUCCACUUCCCAGUUAGAUACCAAAUUAGAAGCUUUCAGAUCUAAUAUUACAGAAUUCCAGAAAAUGUUACACCCAGCCACCACGCCCACGCCACAAACAGCUUCACCAUAUCUUUCUUUCCAGUUUACGCUUGACGAAAAGAAACCUCAACCGGACAUCCCAGACAUCAUUAAAAACUUAUGCAACGAUGUCCCCGUAGAUUUACUUACGAAAGGUGACUCCCCCCUAUGUAACAAUGAUUGGAGGACGCCCAUCAAAGAAGAUGAUAAACAACCGGACUUAGAAACGGACUCCUUAUCAGAUGACUCAUCUCAUACAGAAACUCUGCCCAACCAAUCGGUGCCAAGAGUGGAAGUUCACGAUGAAGGUGGAGAGUUAAUACAGUUAGAUAGCUUAAUUUUAGCCAAUAAUGAAAUUGAUGACGUAGAUGAAAAAAUAUCGGGAACCGCCACCGCGACGGGCACUACUGUUGUAGCAGCCGAGUCGGAAUCUUCUGAGUCAUGUAAAGACGCGACCACUUUAGCGCUAACUGAAACGGAACUAUCGGACUGGGCGGCAGAAAGUGCCGUGUUAGAUGACUGCGGCAUGGAUGAAAACACAGAUAAGAAGAGAAAUAAAAAUCCAAGAACAUUGAGUGGUCCGAAGUUGAUCCACGACGCGAAGAACAUUGCAGCCAUAGCUACACAUGUAUGUGGCAGAAAUAGUCCCCCAGAAGUUGUUUAUUCCAAUGCACCUGAACACUUCGAAUUCGCCGAUGAGGGCGACCAAGAUCUUUCUAUUGCGGCUCCAACUACACCUCGUAACGAAGGUUACAUGGAAUUAGUAGAUGAUGAUUAUGAACCGUAUUCCACGAGUAAAGAUCGAUCAAUUAAUUUCAUAGAAAGAGCUUUUUCCGACACAACUAUGAAAUCCGAUCCUAAUGACACGUUAGACAAGAUCACGUCAAAUUUAUCCGAAACAUUAGAAUUUAUCGACAGCCCUGAUUCGAAAUCGGAGAGUAUAUUGAAUGACAUAGAAGUUGUAUCGAAACUUCCGUCUACUUCAAAUACGAGUGAGAAUGGCCAGAAGGCAGACUAUAUAGAAAAUUCUAGCAGUAUGUCUAAUAACAUAAGCAAAGAUAUCGAAGAUAGUAGUAUAAGUAUAAACGACGGAAUGAAUGUGGUACAAUCCAAAAUUGGCUCCGUGAGCCUAUCAGAUAUAUCGCCUCCGUUAGUUAGUAUAGACGCUGAUAAAAAUGUACCUAUCGAUAAGAGUAAUGAAGAUUCUAAAGAUGACAUUUCGCCUCCGUUAGCAUCCGAAAAAGGAUACAGUAUCAAAAUAGUAAAUACUCCAAGAAAAAUAGCUUUAGCACCAAACUUAAGGACGUAUUCGCCGGCUAUUUGUCGGUCUGCGAGCGAGACCUUCAGUAGAUCGAACGUGCACGUUACAAGUUCGCCAACGCAAAGUAUGAAUUGGUCCCUUUCCGGUAAUUUCAGCUCUAGUCGAUUGUCUCCCGAGACUCCUCCCGUAGACGCUGUCAAAGUAGAUAAGGUGCAAGAGUUAAAGCGGGAAAGAGAAGAACAGACUGAGGUGGUGAGAAGACUGGUGCUGGAGAGGCUCGGUGCGCCCAAAGUUUGCAGGAAGUCUACACGACGGAAUAGGAUUUCGCCGUCAAGUUGUAUCCCACCACCGGUGCCACCCCCGCCUGUCAUGGCCCCGCCCUCGCCAGUACUAUGCGCCCCACCCCCACCGCCCCCACCUCCUAUUUACCCCGAAGUGCCCCCGAGACCAGCUCCGCCACUUAUGUCCCUAUCCGUUCAGUCUUCUUUUUCUGAUCCAGAAUUAACGAGACAGAGAAGGCCCAAGGGUUUCAUGAAGAGUAUAUCCAACUAUUUCAAUAAACGCCUGGGACCUCGGCAUAAGUGUGUAUCGGAGCCGGACCUGACGACGCACCAGCGUCGCGAUGCUCACACAUCUAUGGGAGCGUUAGAGGCCCCUCCAGUGCCCCCGCCGCCGGUCUGCUACAGUCCUCCAUGCGAGUCUAGGUCGCCUGCGAGGCCUUCAGCGGGGCCGGCGGGGGUGGCGGGGGCGGCGGGGGCGGCUGGGGCUGCGGAGCGCGACGCGAUGCAGCUAUGGUUCGAGGCGCGGUGGGCGCGGCUGGUGGCGCAGCGGCGCGCGCGCGGCGAGGCGGACGAGCCGGCCGCGCGCCGCCUCGCGCGCCUCGAGCGCCGCCUCGCGCGCCCGCUCUCCGCGGAGCAGCAAGCGGCGACUGUAGCGGAGAUAGUGCAGGUGUCGGCGCAGAGGGAAGCACACCAAGCGUUGAUGGCGGCUGAUAGGCGGCGCAACGCUACGAACAGUGUGGGCGAUUAGUGGCCAAGGACUCCUCUUACGCUAUUGUUGUUUUGGUCUUAACUAAACUUUCAAACUGUAGCAAUCGCUAAUAAGGAAUAUGACGCCUUGGCGACGCGCACGUAUAUUUUUUAUGCAACCUUUAGGCAGCUUUAAAACAGUAUAUUAUUAUAUUGAUUUUCGAAAAUAUGUCUCGAGACAAUACAUAGUAAUAGAACCACUGUGAAUUUUGAAACAAUAGUACAUUAAAAGUAAUUUCUACCUAUAUAAAAUAACGCUGGAAUACAUAUUGUAUACAUAAGUUAUAAAUAAUUUUUAUAUUCACGCCACUUUUAAAACUUACUAACAAAGUAUUGUAUGAAUAUUUGAGAAACCUAUGAUGUAGCCGAAGAGAAUGUUUCGCUAGAACAGUUGUACCUUUUCAAAUUGAUCUUUUGAGAAUUUUACUACGAAAACUUUUUAGAAGGAUAAAUUUACGUUUUAGGCAGACUGCUGGCGGGCUCUGCGAAAGUGCGCAUAAUAUGUUCUAUAAGGGCCCUAGUGUAAUGUAAAAAAUAUAUAUAGACCUCUUUCAAUUUUGUACGCAUAUCUCUUGUGUUGCAACAACACUGAAUAUGUAUGGUAGCCUUGUAUAUUAGAAAUUUAUUAAUAUUAAGCUAAGAUUACCAUUCAAAUAGAGCUUUAUUUAUAUAUUUUUAUUGGUACACAGUACAGUUACAGUACACGUAUUUUUCCAUGGUUAAUUGGACGACAAGUAUUCCCAAUGUUUUUUUAAUCGUAUGUUAGGAUAACACGAUCGUUUGAUAAACGUUUUUACAACAUUUUAUAAUCAUGAUUUCUAACUGGCAUCGCUCCAGGCAGAUUCUGCUUGCCGAGUUUCGUAGUGUUGUCAUUCUCAUGAUACUAUAUCGAGCUGAUCAUUUUUAUAGCUUUUUCAGUCUGUCCGAUUUCUGAUUCUUCUUUCGGAAUGCCAAGUGCUCAUCGCAUUUAAGUAUUAGUUUUUGCGGGUAGUUUUAUCGUAUAGGUACAAAUUGGUUUCGGGUUCAAGUGGGCGGAACGCACGAGCGGUUGUCUUUAGCGGUAUUGAUCCUUGUCACAAAGCGAGAUUCCAUUGGAAUUUAACGGUGUGCUAGAUAUGCCAAAUAAGUUGCAGUGUUCGAUGAUUCGUUCUGUACUGGGUGAAAUGUUUUGGAAUAUUCUAUUCUCGGAGUAUACACAGUUUUUUUUUUUAUUGAUCACUAUUAGUAAUAUAAUUUUUUGUCUUUUUUAUGUAAAACUUUACUUUUAGUGUAUUUUUUUUAGAUAAAAAAUGUCCCAAAGAUAUAUUAUAAGUCAUCGGACACUGUGAUGUAUGUAGAAAUUAGUGGUAAAAAAUAUUUUUGAAUAUAGAGUUGUAUGUGCAAAUAUUUUCUGAAUUGUGUAAUAUUUUUAAUAAUUAUAGUGUAUAUUAUGCCUAAAUGCUUUCGCUUGAAAUUGCCUAAGACUUAUAACCCAUUUGAAAUGGUAAGACCUUAGUAAAUUAGUUAUGGAACGUAAAAAUUGAGAAACCUUCCAAUUAUUGUGCUGAAACCAAUGUUUAAGAUGACUGAUUAUGUUUUGUAGAUAAUGAAAAAAAAAGAAGCUUUUUUCCGUACAUCAUUGAAUUUUAAUAAAUUUGUUAAAUAUAUGCUCUCUAAUUUUAAGCAAUUUAGUGAAUUAAUAAUAAUUACUGUCGAUAGACUUCUUUGAAAGCUUUUAGUAUCGCUUUAUUGUGACUGCGAAUUUUGCGAUACAAAUUAUUUACAAAUAAAAUUGGCACGUAAAUUCUUAUUAUUCUUAUCUAUAUUGUUUUUUAUGGGGUACUCGGGUAAGGGGAUUCUUAGAAUCGUUAUUUCUUCCAUACGAGGGAAAUAUCAGCUAGGGAUAAUAUCGGUUUUAAUGCUUAAGGACACUCGAAACUAUAAUUAUUAGAAAGACUGCUAUGAAAUAAAAGCAACAUAAUGUUAUUUUGUCAAUAUCUAUUAUUUCGUAACUCGUAAUAUUCUAAGAAAUUCCCUUCGAUAAUUAUCCAGUGUAAAAUUUCGUGAAUAAAUUAAGGCUAUGAUAUUUCUAUAUUCGUUAAAAUUUAAAACGCAGAUGGACGUGAAUGAAACAUAUUAUUAUUUAUAAGUGAUGGCAGACGUUCCUGAACAUUAAAAUAUGCAAUAAUUAUCAGAAAUUAUAUGGAUCUAGGAUGAGGUUAUUAUGAUGAAAAUUAAAUUUGUGUAUCAUUACAUUAGGCAAGCUGGAGUGCUGUCGGAUGCUAUUAAACAGGAACAUGGUUUUCUAUGGUGUCGCGAGGGUUAAAGGUUUUCUAAGCUUCGAAUGGGCCGACCAAACUGUAAAUAUAUUAUAAUUUGAAUGUAAUAAAAAUUGGUAAUGCAUUUUCAGAGUAAAAGUCGUAUUAUAAAAUGUCUUAUUUGACCGUUAGUGCAAGUUCUCGUUUUCCAAUGUCACUCCCAAUUUUAAUGAUACGAUAUAGCAGAGCAUCACUUCCUUAUAUAUUGCACAUAUUUUUGUCAAUUAUUAAAAUAUUGUUACAUAUCAUUGACCCAAGUUUUGAUAUAGAACAAAAUGUAAUCCUUGCAGUUUGAACGGUCUAUUGGUUGUUAGAGUGAAUGUAUAUUUUUGUACGGACGGGUUGAUGAGGAACGGGGAUGGGAGAUGUUUCUUGGAUAUUUUCUUUGAAAUUGUUGACUUUAUAUUCGCAUUUAAUCGCACAUUUGGUAUAUUUUUAUACUAAGUCGGAUCGUUACGAGGUAUCGCUGGUAUACAAAACUAUGGUGUACUCAUUUUUAAAGGACUUUUUGAUUAUUUUUUUAUCCGUCUUAUAUUUCAAGUAAUUUCAUUGUUUCUUACUUAUUGACUAUAAGCUGACUGUUAGUACGGUCUGCGUUAUUCUAACUAUCAUUCCUUAAUCAAAACUUUUCAAAUUAUUAAUUUAACUUCCUGAUCUAAAAAAAGAAAUUAAUAAAAAUCAUUUCUACCAUAGUUUUAUACAUCGGCGAAGGGUAGGAGUAAGGUGCAAGUUUGCUUAAAUUUAAUUGCUUGACACGACGGCGUUGUGAAUUUUUUAAUUUAUAUUCUACUAUUAUACGUAUAACACUUUUAGAAGUAUUUUAUAUCAGUAUUCAUCAUUCCCCUAUUAUUUUAUUUGCAAAAUUACUUCCGAUAUGUUGUGGGAUUUAGCGCCGUCCAUAAAAUUGUGCUUGUAUCAAUAUUUUCAUUGCGAGUGAUUUUGAAUAGCAAUAAUAAAUUUAUAUAAUUGAAAUUAAAUAAAUAUGUAUAUUUUUUAUGAUAUUGACAUUCAAUUAAAGAAUAUAUUUCCUGCGUUACAAAUAGGAAUUCGAAUUAUGGUUUUGGAGCAAUAUCAACAAAUGCUUGUGAAAAUUAUUUGAGCUCUAACGCGUUGAGCGCGGCGUUUUUUUAUGAUUCUUAUGUGUCUUCUAUUCUAACAAUGCCAUAUUAUUAACUAUAAUCUCGUAUAACUCGCGCCAAUGAAAAAUCGAAUUGCAGCUAAUCGGUAUGUAUACCCAUUCAUUUUAUUAUUGGCGCGGGUUAUCUGUUUCGCUGCACAAAUUAACUUGUUUAUCAUGUUGUAUUAUUAGAACUACUGACGUAAGUUAUGGCUUGGCAUUUUGCUUGUAUGCCCGUUUAUAUUAUUUCGGUUAAAUUUCAAGGCAAUGUACCUUCUACUGUAAUUCAUAGACCAUUUUAUUUAGUACUAAUAAACAAAAUCAUUAAAU